AUGGUGAACAACGCAGCCCUCGUCGCCGCUCUGUCGGCUCUGCUGUCUCCAGCUCUGGCACAGAACAAUCAGACAUAUGCCAACUACUCUGCCCAGGGACAGCCCGACCUGUACCCUCAGACUCUUGCCACCCUCGAGCUCUCGUUCCCCGACUGCGACCACGGCCCCCUGAAGAACAACCUCGUCUGUGACUCUUCGGCCGGAUAUGUCGAGCGAGCCCAGGCCCUCAUCUCGCUCUUCACCCUCGAGGAGCUGAUUCUCAACACCCAGAACUCGGGGCCCGGCGUGCCUCGCCUGGGUCUCCCCAACUACCAAGUCUGGAACGAGGCUCUGCACGGCUUGGACCGCGCCAACUUUGCCACAAAGGGCGGCCAAUACGAAUGGGCAACCUCCUUCCCCAUGCCCAUCCUGUCAAUGGCAGCCCUCAACCGCACCCUGAUCCACCAGAUUGCGGACAUCAUCUCGACCCAGGCUCGAGCGUUCAGCAACAUUGGCCGCUACGGCCUCGACGUCUACGCCCCCAACAUCAACGGCUUCCGCAGCCCGCUCUGGGGCCGCGGACAGGAGACUCCCGGCGAGGAUGCCAACGUGCUGACCUCUGCCUACACGUACGAGUACAUCACCGGUAUCCAGGGCGGCGUCGACCCCGAGAACCUCAAGAUUGCCGCCACGGCCAAGCACUUUGCCGGAUACGACCUCGAGAACUGGAACAACCAGUCUCGCCUGGGCUUCGACGCCAUCAUCACCCAGCAGGACCUCGCCGAGUACUACACCCCCCAGUUCCUGGCCGCCUCGCGCUACGCAAAGUCUCACAGCUUCAUGUGCGCGUACAACUCGGUCAACGGCGUACCCAGCUGCGCCAACAGCUUCUUCCUGCAGACGCUGCUGAGAGAGAGCUGGGGCUUCCCCGAAUGGGGCUACGUCUCGUCCGAUUGCGAUGCCGUCUACAACGUCUGGAACCCUCACGACUACGCCAGCAACCAGUCCUCGGCCGCCGCCAGCUCCCUGAGGGCCGGCACCGACAUUGACUGCGGCCAGACAUACCCGUGGCACUUGAACGAGUCCUUUGUGGCUGGCGAGGUCUCCCGCGGCGAGAUCGAGCGCUCCGUGACCCGUCUGUACGCCAACCUCGUCCAGCUCGGAUACUUUGACAAGAAGAAUCAGUACCGCUCGCUCGGCUGGAAGGACGUCGUCAAGACUGAUGCUUGGAACAUCUCGUACGAGGCUGCUGUUGAGGGCAUUGUCCUGCUCAAGAACGACGGCACCCUCCCACUGUCCAACAAGGUCAAGAGCAUCGCCCUGAUCGGACCGUGGGCCAAUGCCACCACCCAGAUGCAAGGCAACUACUUUGGUCCUGCUCCGUAUCUCAUCAGCCCUCUGGAGGCUGCUAAGAAGGCUGGCUACAAGGUCAACUUUGCGCUCGGAACAGACACUGCCAGCACCAGCACCGCCGGCUUUGCCAAGGCUAUUGCUGCCGCCGAAAAGUCCGAUGCCAUCAUCUUCGCCGGUGGUAUCGACAACACGGUUGAGCAGGAGGGCGCUGACCGUACGGACAUUGCUUGGCCCGGCAACCAGCUCGACCUCAUCAAGUCGCUCAGCAAGCUCGGCAAGCCCCUUGUCGUCCUGCAGAUGGGCGGUGGCCAGGUUGAUUCAUCUUCUCUCAAGAGCAACAAGAACGUCAACUCCCUUGUCUGGGGUGGAUAUCCCGGCCAGUCUGGAGGUGUCGCCCUCAUCGACAUCUUGUCCGGCAAGCGUGCACCUGCUGGCCGACUGGUCUCGACUCAGUACCCGGCCGACUACGUUCACAAGUUCCCCCAGAACGACAUGAACCUCCGCCCUGAUGGAAAGAAGAACCCCGGCCAGACUUACAUCUGGUACACUGGCAAGCCUGUCUACCAGUUUGGCGACGGCAUCUUCUACACCACCUUCAAGGAGAGCCUGUCUGGCAAGUCCAAGAGCCUCAAGUUUGACGUUUCUGAGAUCAUUGCCGGCGCCCACCCUGGAUACACAUACAGUGAACAGGUUCCAGUCUUUACCUUUACUGCCGACAUUAAGAACUCUGGCAAGACCGAGUCGCCGUACUCGGCCAUGCUCUUUGUCCGCACUGCCAACGCUGGCCCUGCGCCCUAUCCCAACAAGUGGCUGGUUGGAUUCGACAGGCUUGCCACCAUCAAGCCUGGUCACUCCUCCACGCUCAGCAUCCCCAUCCCCAUCAGCGCGCUUGCCCGUACCGACUCUCUUGGAAACAAGAUUGUCUACCCUGGCAAGUAUGAGCUGGCGCUGAACACUGACGAGUCCGUCAAGCUGGAGUUUGAGCUUACGGGCGAGGAGGUGAUUCUCGAGCACUGGCCGCUGGAGCAGCAGCAGAUUGAGGAUGCCACUCCAUAG